CUCUGCCCGUUUCCUGUUCCACCGAUCACCCUCUCUCCUGUCGAUCGCGCGCGCACACACACACACACACAUACGGCCCUUGUACAUACAUUGACUGCGUCUUUCAUUCCCAGACGACAGUAAUCCCCAUCAGCACAUCAUACUAAAGCCGAGCCUGUCUCCAGUUGCUCCAACGACCAAGCUGUGAAUCAGCAGACGCGUGCAUCUAUUGCUCGCCGAGAACCUGUCGACGGACAGCAUCUCCCGCCGAGCGCUUCGGCUCCGCGACUCGCCUCGCUAAACCCGCCCAAGCCAGUCUUCUUACCGCCUCCGUCGGCGCGACAAGACACAAUGGCCGACCAGAAGAGCGUUGGCGGCGAUUCAACGCCCAGAGCGACCGAUGGCACAUCCCCCAACCCGAUAGAGCAGUUCAAGAAGGAGAGCAAAAGCAAGAGGCGAAGCCUUUUCGGUUUCGGCAAGAAGAAGAUGGACGGCUCUUCCAAGGCUGGCCCUGGAUCCGAGAGCCCGAAUGGCGCCCAGUCACCGUCAAAAGCCUCGACCACCCGCUCGACCGCCCGAUCAACGACGUCGCCCCUCCAGCUCACCCAGCACGGCGACCAUCCGUAUGCCCCUGUUUCUCCUACCCGUGCAUUCUCCAGUUCGCCAAGAAUAUCCUCCCCCGCGACGUCGCAGAUAUUCGAGCGUGACGUGCAAGACCACACCUUGUUGAAGUCGUCGUCUCAAGCCAUCCCGAGCCACAUCCAGACGGAAAACUACAUCCCCCCGGUGUUGGAUGAUGCCUCAGAAGCAAUCACCAACAAUAGCCUGGAUCCCGAUUCUGUUGAGAUUGUUACUCACGCUUCGCACCAGCCCGCGUCGGCGGUCGUCCCCGGCACGAGCGCCAGUCACACCCCGUACGAGCAGACGUCGAGCGACUGGGCUUCGGAGCUCGCCUCGUUUGCGAACCGCGUAGGUUUCCCGCCCGACAGUGCUUCCAACUACGGCUCGCUCGACUCGGCCGAUGUCCGCCGCCUCUCCUUCAUCUCGUUUGCGGAUGUCGUUCAGUCGGAGCACAGCGGCCACCAUCUGCCCUCCAUGUCAUCGCGAGACAACAUGCACAUUGUCGGUCUGACGUCGCUGUCCGCGUCGGCCAUGAACAGAUCGCCAUCGCCCAUCCGCUCGCCCGUCUCCAGCCAGGGGCCCGGGACCAGCCCGCCCACGAGCAACCCCGGCAGCAUAAAAGGGCUGGACAUGAGCCCGUCAAGGAAACCGAUAGGUAGCCCCUCGAGCGGGCAGUAUACUACGAUUACCACGCCAGGCGAGCUCAACAUUGAGACAAUGAGCCAGGCACUGAAACGCAGCGCGAGCAGAGACUUCAACAGUACUCUGCGGAGCAAUCCCCAGAGCCCGAUUGAGGGUCCAGGCUCGCGCUAG